UCGCCCUCCCGUACGUUUUGACGUACGGGGACGUACGUAUGCGGAAGCUCCGUUGUAAACAAAAACGGAAACUACACCAACUACAUUCACCUCCUGAGUCCCGAAACAACAACAACAACAACAACACGACGACACGCAGUCGUGUUGAAGAUGUUUGGCAGUGGUUGAUGCAGGCGCCAGGUCAUUCCCUUUAAGAAGACAUAUUUUGGUGUUGCAGGCCCGCAGAAACGACUAUCGGCAUCAUGUCUAGAAAGCAGACGCCGAAAUCUGUACGGAGCAACAAGAAGAGCGAACUGGAACGCAAGAGGGAUGAACGGGCAGCACGCAGGGCCAUCGUGAAGGACCGCAAGAACCGGCCUCAGGACGGCGAUGAAGGAGCAGAGUUUGUCAGUUUCUCCAAUCAGCUCCAGGCUUUGGGCCUCAAGCUGAGAGAAGUCCCCGGAGAUGGGAACUGCCUGUUCAGAGCUCUAGGCGACCAGUUAGAGGGUCACUCCCGGGGUCACCUGCGGCUUCGGCAGGAGACUGUCCAGUAUAUGAUGUCCCAUCGACAAGACUUUGAACCCUUUGUUGAGGACGACGUUCCCUUUUCACAACACUUGUCCAACCUCUCUCAGCCGGGGACAUUUGCUGGAAACGAUGCAAUUGUGGCUUUUGCUCGCAGUCAACAGGUGAAAGUGGUCAUCCAUCAGCUCAACACACCACUGUGGGAGAUAAAUGGCGCAGAGAAGGGGGUAUGCAGAGAGCUACACAUCGCUUACCGCUAUGGAGAUCAUUAUGACAGUGUGAGGCGGACUGGAGACAACUCUGAGAGUCCUGCUCAGCUCCGCAUAGAGAGUCUUCAGAAUUCACAAAGCCAGCAGCGUGAGUUUGGGGGAGGCCAGAGGGACAGACGGAAAAACCAUUCUCCCACAGCUUCAGAGGAGGACAACGUGAUCCUGAGCUCCAUCAAGAAUCGAGGAAUCCACGGUGACGAGGAGAACCUGCUCCAGCUGAGUGCGGCAACCAUCAAUGCGGAAUGGCUUGUUGGCGCCGUGCUGUGCCAGUCCUGCCAGGGCCAGUGUGCCUCAGGAUCCUGCUCGGCCUGCAGAGCUUCAGCAACAGACUGCAGUGAGGACAAACAGCCAGCAGAGGGCAGCAACUUACAAAAACCAAAGGUUUCUAACAAGCAGAGGAAAGAGCAGCAGCGGCAUGAGAAGAAGAAGCGUCAGGAGGAGAGGCAUCGGCAGAAGUUUGUCCAGAGUAAAGGAAGUCAGGACCAGAACCAGAACCUGCCAGAGUCUGUUACUUUAGUACCAGCUCUAAACACUCUCAGUAUAUAGACCGGAGCAUGGCCAAAAUUACCUACUGCUACUCUAGCUACCGGUGGCUGGCGCUGUUUUGCACAUUUCAAAUUUCAUUCGGUCACAGUGGAUGACUUUUCCUAAAGAGAACCCUAUAGUUUCUUUGCAAACGGUAUAACGGUGCCUGCAAACUUGUGUGUGUGUGAGAGAUGUGUGAGAGUUGUAAAAUGCUGGACGGGGCAUGACCUUCAGUGUUUUGGGGGGUUUUGAGCUGGUUCAAUCCCUGGUUGGUGUUGGUGUACGCAGAAGCUCUUCAGAUCUGGUCUACCUACCGCGCAUCCUUUCUCCUUUCUGUGCCGGACAUCUUCGCUUCACAUGACAACCACGCAGGCAAUCUCAUGCAGCUGGGCUUAGUAAAGGAUAAGCGUCGGAUUAAUGAUUGUUAUUCACACUGUGUAAGGAAUGUGGCAAUAAAUAAUAAUAAAUGAUUAUUU